ACGAAUUUAAAUUUUUGGUGUAUAAAAUUAUUUGCACCGUCAACGUAAAGUCAUGUUUAGGUGGGCACUUUUGACUGGUUCAAGAUCAGGAAAAGAAAAGAACGCAGAAAAAGAAAGUAACAAAGAAAAAGAAAAAAAUGAAGCAAACAAACAAAAAGAUAAAGUAAACCAGCAAAAAGAAGAAAAGGACAAGAAAAAUGACUUAGAUUCAGAAGAAAACGAAAAUACGGUUGGGCAUAGGUUUACGGUAGAAAUGUGGAAACCUUGUGCAGCAUGGGCGUGGGACGUACCAACUGAUACUUGUGCGAUUUGCCGAAAUCCAAUUUCUGAAGUAUGUAUUGAAUGUCAAGCUUCACAAAACUAUUACAAGGCAGACUGUGUAACAGCAACAGGUGAAUGUAAUCAUGUUUAUCAUUAUCACUGUAUAUCGCGUUGGUUAAAAACGCGAAAUGUAUGCCCACUUGAUAGCAAACGAUGGGAGUUUGCGAAAAUCAGUUCUUAAAGACAGUAAAAGGGAAGAGAAGAAAGAUUUAUGCAAAAUAGGUUUUUGUUCUAUCUUUUAUAAACAAAACCAAUUAAAUAGUAAUAAUAAAAAAACAGUCCUCACAGUUCCAAAACAAGAUUAUCUCAAGAACAUUUCUACAACAAUUAUUGUACAACAGCAAACAAUAACAACUACUGACAAGAUAAAAAAUAAUUCUUUGCUUCCUUACC